GGCUCCUCCUCUAUGAGUCAACCUGCUCUCUCCUUCCUUAUGACCCUACAGCAGCUUGAGAGCUGUUGCCAUUUUUCUCUGCUGCCUCCACACAUCAGUCAAAAUGGCGUCUGGAAUGACAGUCACUGACAAAGUCAAGACACAGUUUGACAAGAUGAAAGUGAACAAGGCGGCCGACGACAGUGACAAGCGCAUGCGACUGGUGACAUGUACCAUCCAGGACGAUGUCAUCGACGUGAAAAACAUAUACACCCAAGAGAUGCUGGGCAAAGGUGAUCUCCCGGAGGAUGCCUACCAGCUCCUGGUGUCUCUGAUGGUUGAAGACAAAUGCUUCUACGCGCUGUAUGACUGCCACUUAGAAACCAGUGAAGGAAUUAAAAAGGAGGAGCUGGUCUUCGUGACAUGGAUUCCAGAUGACAUUGCGAUCAAACACAGAAUGGUCUACGCUUCAUCCAAAGAGAAUGUCAAGAACGCUUGCAAGGGUUUCAAACACGAGGUGAGUGUGAACGACAAGUCAAAGGUCGUCACUAGGGAGGCUUUUGCAGAAUGUUUGGAAAAACUCACGCCUGCAGUUGUAUCUCUUGAGGGUGUACGUCUGAGUGGAAAAAAAUAAACCACCUGAAAACCAUGAGUCUUCCCUCUUCAUCACAAGGUCGACUUCAAGGGAGUUCAGGGGAUUAUGUGAAAGUUUGUGGAUGAGUUCAACAACACACGGUUGGACUCUGAUUAAGUUCCUGUUACUAAUUUACUUCAAAUGCAAUCAUUCAUAUCCAUAGUUUUAAUUGAAGCUUGUCUCUUGGUACAUGUUUAUUUCACAAACUUGUGUCUGCUGUUUUUACGUAGCAUAGAAAACAAACUAGGCUUUUUAUUGGAACAAGAUCAAAAUGGUUGGGCCUGUAUGUUUGGUAAAAAUCUGUUUUCUUCUGGACUCCUGUUAAAAUAAAAAAAAAUGUCAAGUGUCACUAAAAAUGCAGCAGUCGUUGCACUGUAUUCUCAAAUAAACUCAAAUGCAAUCAA